CCAUGGCACGGGGGGGAGGCGGGAUCUGUGCCGGGGGAGCCUGUCCGUGCAUGGGGGUGCGUGCACGGCGCGGUGCAUGGGGGUGCCAGGGGCUCUCUGGCUCUGUGCCCCCCCCUUGCUCUGCACCCUGCUGCUGCUUUUCACCUUUGUUUCACUUUCUCUUUGGUUUAGAAUCAGGGAAUCUCAGGCUUGGAAGGGACCUCGGGCGGUAUCUAGUCCCACCCUCUGCUCACAGCAGGGCCAGUCCCCACACAGACUUUUACCCCAGAUCCCCAAAUGGUCCCCUCAAGGACUGAGCUCACAACCCUGGGCUUAGCAGGCCAGUGCUCAAACCACUGAACUAUCCCCCCAUUUCCUGCCCGCCAAGUGGCAUCUUGGUUUGGCUUUUGUCCCCCACUGCCCCCCAGCCUGAACUACGUCCCUGGGCCCCUGACCCAUCAGCAGCCUCACUGCAGGGCCUGCUGUCCAGAGCACCCCUUCCUUUACCUGGCUCAGUGCUGGGGUGACUGUCCCCUUUCCCCACAGGGCAAACCCACCACAACCCCAACCACAAGGCAGCUCCACCCCCACCUGGCAACUGUCAAACACUGCGAAUAUCACCCGUCUGGGCGACUCGAACCCGCCCGCGCCAUGUGCUGUGGUGGGCAGGCAGCUGCUGGAUUUUUAACAGGUUGAUCUGUUAUUGCUUGAGCUGCGGAAGUGGGAACUCUGCAGCAUCUUUAGCUGGAUCCAGAAUCUUUUACCAUUCGCUAGCCCAGUGUAUUGUGAAAAAAGUGCAAAUCUUUAGACCCACAUAACACCCCCCCCCAGCAGAUUAAAUUAUUUCCGUGGCAAAUCCAUAAAAUAAUCCAGCCAGGCCAGUCAGAUACCAGCUGGGUGGUAACCUCUCGCUGGUCUGGCUCAUCUGAGCACAUCUCCAGGCACAGGACUCCUGUGCAAGGAAUUUGCUGCAGCUUUCUCUCCCUUCUCCUGCUGGGUCCCGCUGCUAGUGCCCAGUUUGAAUUGGGAAGCAGGAGUUUGGCUGGUGCCAGCUCUCACCCAGUGUGCAGCCUCCUCUCACGUCUUACCCAUCCUAGUGUUCCCACUGCAUUCUCGUCACUCCUACCCUGCCCCAGCAGAGAGCCUCUGGUGCAAACUCCGCAGCAGAGGGGAACAGGUACCCGUGCUCACAGCGCGUGUCCAGACAGGCCUGUGAGCAAGGGGUAUUAGUUGAGAGGCUGGUUGUGUGUGGAUGUGGUGGGCAGGACUCCACCCCUAGCUCCUGUGGCGCUGGGAGGUCCUUUGCAGUCUCCCAGCCAUCCACAAGUUGCCUCGCCCUGACGCUGCUUGGCUGGCGAGAUCAGAGGAGGUAGCAGCCCUGCGUGCUGACUCCUGUUUCCAGCUGAGCAGGUGAUGUGAGAUGCAGAGCCCAGCAAGACUGUGCAUCAGCUGAAGCAAGAACUUUCCACUGCCCGGAACAAACACAGGGCACCAGUUUCCUGCCUGCCAUGGAGAGCCAAGGAACCACCGUCCUCCACGAGACAGUCAGCUAUGCCCCCCACCCCCUGCCAGCAAGGCAGUUUGAUCAGAACACUACGGAGCCGAUCAGCUUCUACCUGUCCAGCCUGGAGGAGCUGCUGGCAUGGAAACCCACCAGCGAUGAUGACUUCAACGUUGCCACGAUGCCACUGGCUAACCGGGAACCUCCGCUCCACAGCAAAAGACCCCGCACGCUGGUGUGCCACGACAUGAAGAAUGGGUACCUAGAGGACAGGUUCAUCCAGGGCUCGGCUUCGCGGGACCCCUACGUGUUCUACCACUGGCAGCACAUCGACAUCUUCGUGUACUUCAGCCACCACCUUGUGACCAUCCCCCCCGUCACCUGGGCCAACGCCGCCCACAGGAACAGCGUCUCUGUGCUGGGGACGUUCAUCACGGAGUGGACGAGUGGGGGCCAGCUGUGUGAGGCGUUCCUGGCUGGGGAGGCAGCCGCAUACCACGCUGUGGCUGUGCAACUGGGCCGCAUCGCCCAUUUCUACCGCUUUGACGGCUGGCUGGUCAACAUCGAGAACACCCUGAGCGAGGCAGCCGCACGGAACUUGCCCCUCUUCUUGCGUGACCUGCGGGAGCAGCUGCGUCGGGACGUGCCCGGCGGGCUGGUGCUCUGGUACGACAGUGUCUUGCAGAGCGGGGAGCUGCAGUGGCAGAACGAGCUGAAUGAGAAGAACAGGGUGUUUUUUGACGCCUGCGAUGGCUUGUUCACGAACUACAACUGGAAGGAGGAGCACCUGGAGCGCAUGGGGGCGCAGGCCGGGGAGCGCCUGGCUGACGUCUACGUGGGCAUCGACGUCUUUGCCCGCGGGGAGGUCGUAGGUGGUGGCUUUGAGACAGACAAGGCUCUGCACCUGAUCCGCAAGCACGGCUUUUCAGCUGCCAUCUUCGCCCCCGGCUGGGUCUAUGAGCACCUGGGGAAGGAGAACUUCCUGCACAAUGAGAACAGGUUCUGGGGUUUGCUGGCGGAGCUGCUGCCCACUCACAGCAUCAGCACUCUGCCCUUCAGCACCUGCUUCUGCCUGGGCAUGGGGACGGGGAGAUUCUGGGCUGGGCAGGAGGAAGUAGCCAGGCCCUGGUACAAUCUGAGUGCCCAGGAGAUCCAGCCCCUCUUCACAGACCAGCAAGAGCCGGGAGGGGCAGGCAGCUGGCUGCGCACACGCUGCUCCCUGCAGGACGCCUGGAACGGGGGCAGCUGCCUGCUGAUCGAGGGGAUCAUCCCCCGUGAGGCAGGCCACGUGGCUGUUCGCCUUUUCUCUUUCCAGCUGCCAGCGCCCCCCAAGCUCUUCCUGUCUCUGCUGUACAAACUGGAGGAGAAGCUGCCUGAGGUGGCAGUUGCGCUGGAACUCACCACACGGGACUCUGGCUCCUGCCAUGUUGGCAACGUCACUGCCUUGCCGGGGCUGGUCACCCGACAUCAGCCUCAGCCCCUCCCCACCCUGCCCCCUCACCUCUCCGGGCUGCUCAGCGGCUGUGGACGGCAGAGCACGGCUGGUUGGAUGAGGCGGUGCUACAAACUGGAGCUGCGGGACUGCGCCCUGCACGAGCUGUCGCUGAUCCUGUCACGCCACCAGCCAGGCCUGCAAGAAAGGCGCUUCUCCUGCCGCCUUGGGGAGAUCCAGGUGCUGGAUGCUGACAGCCUGCACUCCUCGCUGCCCCCAGCGCCCAGCCUCCAGGCCUCCCAGGUGCUGUGGCACAAGGGCCCUGGCACAGACCAGCUCUCCCUCAGCCUCACCUUGCACUGGUCCUAUCCCCACAGCCAAGCCCGCUGCUUCCGGAUCCACUGCCAGGGCCGGGAGCUGCCCCAGCCAGCACAGCUGCAGCUCCUCGGGGUGGCACACGCCACCCUCUACCGGGUGGUGGGCUUGGCAGUGCCAGAGCCGCCCCCCAAGGAGUCCUGCCAUGUGGAGUUCUUCGUGGAGCCGGUUCUGAACGAAGGGGUUGUCGUGGAUCGGUCCAGGUGGGGGCGGCUGGUUCUGGUCUAUUCCGACCCAGCCAGCACCAGCACCUAUUAAAUGUGACCUUUGGCACAGUGCCAGGGAUCUCACCGUC